UCAGCUCCACAGCCUUAAGUCUUCUCCCUUGGUUUCUUCAUAGAUGGAAAACGACCCCAAAGGUCUUCCAGGAGUUAACAUUAUUAAACUGGAGAUAGAAAGUAGCCCUAUGUAUUUGAUCCAAGGCGCAAGGGGCUCUCCUCCCUGACUCAAAAUGGGCGCCUCCUCCUCCUCCUCUGCGUCGCUGGUUGCCAAGUGACGACAGGAAAGCGCGCGAUCCAGGCGAGGAGCUGGUUGAUGGAAGUGUUAUCCUCCUCCUCCUCCUCCUCCUUCCUUCCUGCUUCUCUGACGCCGAAUUAGCUGUUGGCUGUUUCAGAUGACUGUCUUUCUGUGUGAAAUGCACCUUUGGUCAUUGAAGAAUACAUUGCAUGUUGAAGACGAAGACAUUGGGAUUCAUCAUUACUAUGACAAGAAGGAAUCAGAACCACAACUGAAUUUUGACCGCUUGCAUCAGAAGCGACAGUUAGUAGAGUCUCGAGAUUAUCCUUGGGUACUUAAGAACAAACGUCCGGAAAAGCUGCGAGACACACUUAAGGAGCUAGAGGAAUUGAUGCAAAAUAGUGAGUGUGUGCUGAGCAAAUGGAAGACCAAAUAUGACUGUCAGCUCCUCUUUCAUUCAGGUGUACUGGUAUCCCUAAGCCUUUCUGGGCCACAGCUGGAGCGAGUGGUGAUUGACAGAACCCUGAUGGGGAAGCUCAUCUCCGACACCAUCAGCGAUGCUGUUCUCACAGAUAGUUUUAUGGUCUUGUCAUUUUGGGAACAAAACCAACUUUGUUACAUUCAGUUUACAAAGAAAGCAGAUUCUCCUGAUGUAUACAAAAAGACUGAAAAGCUCUCUUCCUUGGAUUUUAAGAUAUCAUAUGUUGAUAUACCAGGACUUGGGAGUAGGCGACUGAAACAUCAUUUGGCAAUAAAUAGCAUACAGGAUAUGAUUAUUUGUUGGUGGCCAUUGGCAAAGGAUGAAAUGUGGCCAUGGACUCCUGUUUCUAGUGAAAGAGAGAGAGCCAACCUACUGCUCCUGAGAUUUGAACAUGGACACAUGGAGGUUGUGAGUUACAUACGUACAUCUGGGGAUCCACUUGAUGUCACCUUUAGUUCAUCUCAGCCUUAUCAGAUUCGUACAGUAGAACAUUCUUUCAGUGCAGAUCAAGAGCCUAUGGCUGACAGCUGCAUCUAUGAAUGUGUUAGGAGUAAAGUUCAGUGUGUGGCAGUCACUAAAAUACCACUAAUAUCAAAGGCUAUCAGCUGCUGCAGGAACAUUACAGAAGACAAACUUAUUCUGGGAUGUGAAGAUUCUUCCAUUGUUCUGUAUGAGGACUAUCGUCAACUAACUUUGUUAGCACAAGCAGAGCUACUGCCCACUUUAAUGUGCUGCCACCCCAGUGGAUCUAUAGUCCUGAUUGGUAGCUCACAAGGGGAGCUACAGCUGUUUGACAUGGCACUGUCUCCAAUUAAAAUGCAGUUUUUAGCUGAAGACCUUUCCCCCAAAUCAACUCUACAAUUUGUUGGACGUUUUAAUGUAUCAAGCAGUCUUUCCCAGAUUCAGUGGGCUGUCUCUCAAGUUUCAUAUGAAACCACAGGUGAUGCUGAAUUCCACAAUCUUCUGUUAUUGAGAUUUAGCAAAGGACCUAUUGGAGUGCUUCAUUUUAAAACUGGUGUCAUCCCUACAGGUCAGCUUGGCCUUGUGGAAAUCAUCCAGGAGUAUAUUCAUCAGGAUGAGAUUUAUGAAGCAAUUAAUGUCCUAGGUGGCAUGAACUGGGACACAAUGGGCCAACAAUGCUUUGUAAGCCUUAGCGCCAUAGUAAACUACCUUCUUAGGCAAAAGCUGACUGGUGAAAGAGAAGCACAGCUUGAGGCAACCCUCGGAACCUUCUACGCGCCAACAAGGCCUCUUGCUGAGACAACUGUGUUGGAAUACAGGGACCAGAUCAGCAGAUAUGCAAGAAGGUUCUUCCACCAUCUGCUCAGGUAUCAAAGAUUUGAAAAAGCAUUUCUACUUGCUCUUGAUAUAGGUGCCCAUGAUUUAUUUAUGGACAUCCAUUACUUUGCACUAGAUAAGGGUGAAUUGGCACUAGCUGAAGUGGCAAAGAAAAAAGCUAACGACAUUGACACAGAAUCAAUAACUACUGCAGCUGAAAUUCCAGGAUAUAUAGACAGAGGAGAUGCUUUAAGUGAAGCUUUUGUGGAUCUGAGUUUACUGCCACAACAGGAACGGAGAGUUCAAAGCAGUCUCCCAGCCUCCAGUACAAAUACUCGAUCCUUCCCAAAUUCAAGACGUAACAGCUACACUAGGGAAAUGGACAAAAAGGAAUAUUCAUUUAUAAGAGAGGUUUACACUACUCUGCAAAGGGACAAAGCUGCACCUUGGUGUCAAACAGAAACAUCUGAGGAAGAACAUGAUAGAGAGGUAAUCGGAGGAAGCAGCUCUAUCAAAGUAGUGCAUUUUGGUCUGGUAUAAGCCAAAAAUGGAAAACAUUGUGCCCUGAAAGAAAGUUAAAGCCUUAUUUACUAUUUGCUGAGAUAGAGGAAAACUUUUCCACUAUUUUAAAUGCAGCCAGUUCUGAAAUCUUAUGCUUCAAUAGCACAUAUGAAGCCCUUUUAGUAACUGUUAUUUCUUUUUGAGAAAGUUAAGCAAGUGCAUAGAUCAAUGGGAUUUAAUGUACUCAACUUUGACAAGAGCCAUCUACUGAUUUUCAACACAGCACAGACCUGAAACCCAUUUAUGCUACACACUAGGCUUCAUCUCUAGUGUGCUACUCUGCACAUUCCAAAAUAAAGUCCUAGGCUGAGCCAGUUGUCCAUUAAAUCUUUUGUACACAUAUACACAUUGUGUUCUGGCAAAAAAGGCUGCAACUUUCUCAUAAGAGACCCAAUCAGAUAACCACAUGGAAAAAGACCAGCCUGAAACCUUUCCAAAGAAGGUGCUUUUAUAUGUCCAGUCUGCACUGUUGUUCCAAUUCCACAAAAGUUCAAAUUGUUUUCUAAGAGGCCUAGGUUCUCCCAUCUAACAGAACCACAAAUAGCAAAAAACAGUUUUGCACAGAGCAAAGCAAACAGCACAUUACAGAAAUGACCUUCAGGAUUAUGAAGGGCCAAACCUAGGGAUCUGAAAGACCAAGACACAGUGGGGCCCAGAAAUGUUCAUCUCCCAUCACAGAUGGUAUAAAGUACGAUAAAUAAAUCUUUUAGAGUAAAUGUGUGGAAAGGCUAAUUUUGAAAUGACUUCAUGUUCCUUGGAGAAUAUCCAGUUCCUCAACUCCAACCCCUGAAGAAGCAGGCUGUCCAACAACCCUGGCAGCCUCUUCCUACACCUUUCUGCCUCCUUACCCACCACAAGCAUCGGCUGAAUCCUCCCAGUGACACAAGCAGCUGUUAAAAGAAAUCCAAGCAAAUCAGAAUUGCCUGCUCUUCCUUACAUUUGAAUGCAGAUUUGAAUUUCAACUUAAGGCUCUGCAAUCGAUAUUCUUGCAACAUUUUAAUAUAUAGCACCUUCACUUGGGAUACCUCUGCAAAAGAUCAGCUUUUAACAGUCAAUACAAUGUUCUGAAGAAGAAUGCUCUCAGAGUUCCAAUCUUGCUAUUAGUUUGGUUGAAUAACCAUUGUUUAGCUUUUUAAAAACCUAGACUUUAAAGAGUACUUAUUUUGCUUUUUCAAGCAUUAACAGAAAAUGGAUUGAGAAGGAGGCAUUAUGUUGUAUUUUCCAUAAGUGUACAUUUGCACUAAUAUAUUAAGAAUGCUUUUUCCCCUGCAUUCUUUUCCAGUGUAGUCUGAAGUCUGGUAUAAUAUAGUAUAAACUUAAUCUUAGCCACUCAGUUUAAGAUCAAAAUUACUUGAAAUUUAGUUAUGCCAUUAAAAUGUACUCUUGCCAAAUAAAGAGAUGGGAACCGAUUUUUAACAUUUUACUUUUAAUAGAGUCUUUUUUCAAAUCUGCAUUUAAGAUAUUUUGAGGAGUUUUUUAGGUCAUCGUUUUUUAAAAAAAACCUUUAGAAAUUGUACAACACAUGCCUUGUGGAUGAUAGGUUUAGUAGCAAGAAGAGGGAAAUAAAGCACAGAGACUUAUCAGUAAUAGUCAGAUGAAUGCAUUAAAUCCAUGCUGAAAAGCUUAUGUCCUCAGCAGACAAAAAGUAGUAAAAUGCAUACGAUUCUCUGCACUCAUGGGGGGUGGGGGUUUAUUAGUAACGCAAGAGCUGUGAGACAGAUACGUCAUUAACCAUGCAGUAUUCUACCAUGUAUUGCUGUGUAUAAAACAAAACGGUUUUAUGUUUCUUUUUAAAAGAAUUACUUGAGGAGAGCAUGUGGCUCAUAAGAUAUUACAUGUAAAUGCACUUUCACUGGUAAAUGCAGUGCAACAACAGAUCAAGGGAACCUUUUGCUUGUUCAACCUAAGGAUGCUGAAAUACGUUACUUAGCCACGGAGCUAUUUUGCUGAAUUGCAGCCAUAUUUCUGUCAGUACAAGUGAUGGUCUAUAUGAGGGAUUAGUCUGACACCAGACAGUGAUCCUUAAUCCUUCAGUAUAUCAUAAUCUAUUUACUUUGCAUGCUAAGAGGAUUUUGGUUUUAAAAUAUACAGGAAGUGAUGCUAGAAAUGUACAGAAGAUCAGGAAUGCCGUUUCCUAAAAUCUCAGUUUUUAAUAAAAUCCCUUUAUGGAUUUCUUGGAGUUCUGUCCUUUCAAAGAAUUGAAUAGGGAUUUAGCUGGAAAUGGGCAUAUGUUUUUUCUUUAUACAACAGCCCUACAACUGUGUUCCUUCCUACUACUGCUCUGCCACUUUCAUUUAUGUGCUUGUGCACUGAUUGUAAGACAUGAAAUGAAAGCAUUUCCUCUACUGCAGAUUAUUUUCAUUGUGUUAACAUGGGAGUUUUUCUUGACAAAAUCAAAGUAGAUUCCAACCUUUGGGGCAUUUUUAUGUUACUACUGUGUUUGUUUGUUUGUUUGUUUGUUUAACAUAAAAAGAAUUUAC